GCCUUCUAUUAACUCCAUCCGUAGUAGUUUUACCGCCGUACAAGCCAAGCGUACGACGACGACGAUUACGGCAGUGGCCGAAGUUAAAAUAUUAUUAUAAUUUUUUUUCGCUGUUAUAUUAUAUAAGUUAUUACAAAUCUUCCGAUCUUUGUUCGGAUACAUUCGUGUUAUUUUUCGUCUCACACGAGUGGCGACAGUUCGGCUAUUCUCAUUCCAGCAGUCGAAACAACAACGCGAUUUGGAAUUUAAAGAUAGCUGAUGGAGAAAGUCAAGUACUUUAUCGUUACAUUUUCGUGAUAAAUAUAUUUUCAAACAAGUCACAACUACAGCUGAAACAUACUUGAUGAGCUGUCAAAAUGUUGGCGCCAACUGUCACUAUUCAACCAUCAUCCCGACCGUCCAGUACGAUGGGAGAACGAGAAGUUAUAGCGUCCGCGGACGGCAGCGAAGAAAAACAUGAACCAAAUGUGAAAGAGAUUGUUGCCCCUGCAAGAUUAAACGUCCCUCAGUCCGAAAACAAGUCAGAAAGUGAAGAUGAAGAUUAUCAAGAAGUGUCACGUCACACACAACAAAUGGGACAUAAUGUCGGACCAGCGGGAUAUUGGCAGAGUGUACCCAACAGCAGAGCAGCUAGUCCUGGCAAUGACAACGGGAGCGAAACAUCAUCAGUUAUGCCUGCUCCUGUCCCCGGAUUGGCUGCUUCUAGAGUAGCUAAAGACAAAUAUAAUCAUCUAUCGUAUUGGAAAGCGAGAAAAGUAACGUUUUUUAAAAAUGGCGAUUUAUACUUUCCGGGAUUAGAACUACGGUUCAGACCUGGGAGAGAUAUUGGAAAUUUAGAAGCAUUGUUGGACAAAUUAUCAUCACGAAUGGAUUUACCUCGUGGAGCACGAUAUUUGUUUUCUAUGGAUGGUGGCAGGGUUGUCAGCUUAGAUCAAUUAGAAGAUGAUCAGUCAUACGUGGUUUCAUCUUAUAAAAGUUUUAAGAAUGCCAACUAUGGUAAGAAAUCUGGUGGUUGGAACUCUACAACUACCCCGACUACUGGUUCGGGUUGGUCAAGGCAAUCGUCUAUGAGUAGGAAGCAGUCAGUAGUUGAUGCUAACGAAUUGACUUCAGCUACUUCAGGACUUAAUAUAACUAAAUCAUCUACAACUAGAGUUAUAAGGAUCAUCAAUAAUUUCGAUCACACAGUACAGUGUCGAGUUCUACUUAAUUUGCGAACGACCCAACCUUUCGAAGAGGUCAUUGAGGAUUUAGGACAUGUGCUCAAAAUGAACAAUGCUAAACGCAUGUUAACCGUGUCUAAUCAAGAAGUUCGUAGUUUUUCACAACUGAGAAAUGAAUUUUCGGACGUGGACACAUUUUACAUUACGUCUGAGUCACGUGUACUAUCACCGCCAUUCAGAAGAUCACGAUCCAGAGGGGCAUUAGCGGUUGAACCAAUUAUAAAUACAGUUCCUACAAAGGCGGAGAAACAAAGGAGAGCAAGAAGCAAAAGCCGACCUCGUGCACUAUACGCAGCCGAUACAGAUAUUGUUAAAGUUCCUCCAGAUUAUACAGUUUUGGACGUGAUGAAAGAAGAACCAAUACGCGUGCAGAUAAGAGGAGCAAGAAAAACAUUUUUCCCUCCAAUGGUCCAUUCUCCCUCAGAUGAUUCACCUCCAGAUAAAAGAUUGACUUUAAAUUGGGUUUACGGUUAUCGAGGCGUCGAUACGAGAAGGAACUUGUGGGUAUUGCCUACCGGAGAACUUUUGUAUUACGUCGCGGCUGUGGCCGUACUUUAUGAUAGGGAUGAAGAAUCACAAAGGCAUUAUAUCGGACACACUGAAGAUAUUCAAUGUAUGGACGUACAUCCUUCCAAGGAAAUGGUAGCUUCGGCUCAAAAAGCUGGUAGAACACGAAAGACACAGGCUCACAUUAGGAUCUGGAGUCCUGAAACUCUGUAUACUCUGUACAUAGUUGGCAAUGGCGAAUUUGAAGAAGGAGUCAGUGCAUUAGCAUUUUCACAACUCACCGGAGGAAAUUAUUUAUUAGCUGUCGAUUGCGGAAGAGAAAAAAUGUUAUCUGUGUGGCAAUGGCAAUGGGGACAUUUAUUGGGUAAAGUUGCUACAAUGCAGACUGAAGACAUACUGGGUGCGUCUUUUCAUCCUUUAGACGACAAUUUAAUGAUAACUUAUGGCAAAGGCCAUUUGACGUUUUGGACCAGACGGAAGGAUGGGUUUUUCGAAAAAAUUGAUAUUAUAAAAGCACCUUCGAGGACGGUAGUUACCAGCUUACAGUUCGAGCAAGAAGGGGACGUAAUUACGGCGGAUGGCGAUGGAUUUAUUACAAUUUACUCUGUAGAUAGCGAUGGUGCAUAUUAUGUCAGGAUGGAAUUCGAGGCACAUAACAAAAGCAUAAAUGCUCUUAUAAUGCUACCAGAAGGCACUUUAUUAUCCGGGGGUGAGAAAGACCGUAAAAUCAUAGCUUGGGAUUCAUUACAAAAUUACAACAAGAUAACUGAAACAAAAUUAACUGAAGUUUAUGGUGGUGUAAGAAGCCUAUACCCUCAACGGCCUGGAAGAAACGACGGUAACAUAUACGUAGGCACGAUAAAAAAUCAUAUUCUAGAAGGAUCAAUGCAAAGGAGAUUUAAUAGAAUAGUAUUUGGCCAUAGUAAACAAUUGUGGGGAUUAGCAGUCCAUCCCGACGACGAACUUUUUGCAACCGCAGGUUACGAUAAAAACAUAAGUCUAUGGAAAAGGCAUGCUUUACUGUGGAGUACUCAAAUCACAUAUGAAUGUGUAUCACUUACCUUUCAUCCUUUUGGUACUGCUCUUGUGGCUGGUUCAGUCGAAGGAUAUCUGGUUAUCAUAAAUGCUGAAAACGGGUCUGUGGUGUCAAGUGUUAGAGUGUGCGGUUCUGCUUUGACGUGUAUGGGUUUUAAUCCAGCCGGCGAUACUAUAGCCGUUGGUUCUCAAAAUGGUAGUGUAUAUCUGUAUCGAGUAAGUAGAGACGGUUUCACGUUCAAAAAAUCUAAUAAAAUUAGAGGAGUCCAACCAUUGGUGCAUUUAGACUGGAGUACGGAUGGAAAUUAUCUACAAACAGUCACUGCCGAAUACGACCUUGUUUUUUGGGAUGUCAAAGGAUUGAUACAAGAAAAAAGCGCACCUGCAAUGAAGGACGUCAAAUGGUAUACCUAUAACGCAACCGUAGGCUACUUAGUUUCUGGUAUCUGGCACAACAGAUAUUAUCCAAUUUCAUCAAUGAUAAGCACUGCCAACAGAUCAUCAGCCCAUGAUCUUUUUAUAACCGGAGACACAGAUGGGCAUCUUAGGUUAUUUAGGCAUCCGUGUAUUCUUACCAAAUCCGAAUACAACGAAGAAAAGGUUUAUAGUGGACAAGUAUCGAGUGCUAGAUUUUUGUACAACGAUAGAAACGUUGUGACAGUCGGUGGAACGGAUGCGGCUCUUAUGCUAUGGGAUGUCAUAGAAGAUUAAGUACAAAACCGCUUUACAAACUUUCAUUUUUUUUUUGUCUCGAGCACAAUUCGAAUUCUUUAUCAUUUUUUUUACUACGAUCUGGUGUUGGCGUGAUGAGAUCAGAAAAUGAACGUAGAUGGUCGGAUGGAUAAUAAAUAAAUAAAUGAUAAUAAAUUACCAGCAUUUAAAUACCUGCCUAUACCUUAACGUAAAGUGCGCCAGAAAAAAAAAAUAUUUAAACGUCAUCAAACUGUUUUGACUUAUUUCAAAACAUAAUAUAGGAAAGUUACCGUUUUAGAAAAUAUAAUAAAAAGGUUCACGACCAUAAUUUUUUAUUAUGUAUACAUAUUAUAUAUACUUACGAUUUUUAUUGAUAUCACUGCUUAAUUUUAUAGUUAUGCAAUUUGAUAUUCUUUCAGCGAGCAAGAGAUAUUAUUCGUGAUCUGUGAUUAUAUAUAUAUAUAUAUAUAUAAAUGUUUCUUAUUACCUAUAUUCAGAUUAUUUUUCUGAUAUCGGUUCAGAUCGUUUAAUGAUCUGAAAAUGUUGGUUUAUUAGUACAAACUACAGACACAUCUUCACUAUAUCAAUAUCUUAAUCACACUGCCUAGCAUAGAUAUGUUAAUAUUAUAUUUAAUUUGUAUGUUUUAUAAGUAACUUAUAUAAUAUUAUAG